CCCUCGAGGCGCGAAACCAACCAUGCCAAUGCCCCUCGUCCCCACCACCGACCACCAUAAUGCCGGCCGCUUCGUCGUCGGCCGCGGCAACGGCCGGAACCAGCCGCGGCGGCGGUCGGGUCUCCGCUUUCACCAUGCGCGCGGUGGCGCGCAUGUCGAGGGCGCGGUGGUUCAUCUUCCUGAGGCGGGUAUACCAGUACCAGAACGGCCCGAGGUCCGACCUGGGCUCCAACCCUUUCAACUCGUCCGGCUGGCUCGCUCUCGAGCUCGGCGUGAUCGUCGCGCAGAUGGUCAUCACCAUGGGCGUCGUGGCCACCUCCCCCAAGGAACGCCCCGCGUGGCCGCUUCGGCUCUGGGUCUGCGCGUACAACGUCGGCAACGUGCUCAGCCUCCCACUCCUCUACUGGCGCCACCGACAUUCAUCGGCCGCCGGGCGAGGCGACGACCCCGAGAUGCACGGCGCCGGUGACGCUCUAAGGAACAGCUCGUAUCUGAUGAACAAGGCUCGGGCGUUCCUGGAGCUCUUCUUCGCGAUGUGGUUUGUGAUGGGCAACGUGUGGGUGUUCGACUCGCGGCUCGGGUCGUUCCACCGCGCGCCGAGGUUGUACGCGCUCUGCAUCGGCCUGCUCGCCUGGAACGCCGUCGUCUACUCGCUCCCCUUCCUCCUCUUCCUCCUGCUCUGCUGCUUCGUCCCGGUCGUUGGGUACGCGCUUGGGUACAACAUGAACUCGGCCUCCGUUGGCCGGGGCGCCUCCGACGAGCAGCUGGACGCGCUGCCGCGGUGGCGGUUCAAGGAGCCCGACGUGCCGAGAGACCGCGAGAAGGACGAUCAAGAGUGCUGCAUAUGCCUGGCGCAGUACAGGGAGAAGGAGGAGGUGAGGCAGCUGCCGUGCACACACAUGUUCCACCUGAAAUGCGUGGACAGGUGGCUGAGGAUCAUCUCCUCUUGCCCUCUCUGCAAGCAAGAGCUCAGCUGACCGAUGGCUGCACAUAUACGGCGCAACGGUGAUUGAUCAGUGGAGCUUGCAUUCUAAGCCAGAGAUGCGUCGAUCGGAUGGCGCGGCGCGCUCCGAUGCAUGCAGCGCACCUCACUGACCUCUUUCGCCAACCCUCUACUAACAUUGACACUGACCAGCGAUGGAGACACCUCUGUUGCAGCUCGAGAUAGAUUGAUUUACCAGCUUGGGCAGGUGGGAAAUGUGUAAAGAAAUUGUUGUGUCCAUGAGCAGGCGCCAGGCGGCCUACGAUGCAAGUACCUUACGAUCUCCGCUUAGCUCAUUAAUUGUACCAUGCCAACAGCCAAGAACUGCUAGAUGCUGUUGUUCUUGCGUUGGCACAUCUCAACAACUACAAGAACAUGCAUAGAUGGACACAAAACCAAGGGGAUCAAUAAUUGCGUAGCAAAUACAAGUAUUUGAGUAUAAGCUCUGUUUCUUUUUUGGAGCAAAAUGUAUAAGCUCUCUUGAGGGCAUAAUUAUGUUCUCAACAGAGCUUAUACAUUUUUUUUGAGCAAAAUGUAUAAGGAAGCCCACCAUGGUGGAGGGGUGAAAUGGAAUGGUCCACUAUUUCCAUGGACU